CUUGAAUAAGGUUAAACUCAAGCGAUUCGUCCCCAAUCCGACUUCUCGUUAUCUGUUUACAGGCCGACUUGUUGUUUCCAACCUCUUGAGUACAUACACAUAUUUAUUAACACUACCAGCGCGAUUAAUUUGUUAUUUUUAUUAUUUAACACUGCGAUGUAACUAACUUACGGGACGAAUUCGCAAACCUGGCCAAAAUGGUCGUGGCGCAGUCGGAAAUAUGCUCCCUGGCCGAUGUCAUCUUCGUGAUAGAAGGGACAGGACUCAACGGGGCGUAUCUCAACGACAUCAAAACCAACUACAUCAUUCCGACUUUAGAAUAUUUCAAUCAAGGUAAUCUAGAGGAAAGGGAAUUCAUAAGUGAGAGCACCAGUGCACUAUAUGGCAUAGUUAUUUACCAUGCAGCAGACCGACUGCCAAGUCCCAGUACAGAAAUUUAUGGGCCAUAUUCAAAUCCCCAUAAAAUACUUCAGCUUUUAGAUAAAAUAGAGCUUGUUGGCGGGAGGGCCGAGUCUCAUGCAAACGUUGCAGAAGGUCUAGCAUCUGCUUUGGUAUGCUUGGAAGAUCUGAUCCUGCGGAGGGAAGUUGGCCUAACUCCUCAGAAACACUGCAUUUUAAUAUGCAACUCUCCUCCAUAUCUUAUGCCAGUUAUGGAAAACCAAUCGUUCAUCGGAAACAGUGCGGAACAAUUGGCUACAAUUUUAAACGAGAAAUCCAUACACCUUUCGAUUAUUUCACCGAGGAAGAUACCUGCUAUGUACAAACUGUUUGAAAAAGCUGGUGGCGAUCUGACUGCAUCCCAAACCAAAAAUUACGCCAAAGAUCCUCGACAUUCCGUCCUCUUGAAGGGCUAUAGUUUAAAGGAAAGGCCAUUGAGCCCAACAUUAAGUAACAUCAAUGUUGCACCACUGCCUAGUCCCAUUCAAUCCCAUGGAAGUCCCAUAGCGCCAGGUGCACCACCUCAAACUACACAACAAAGUCAGCCACAAGCUCAGCUUAUUCCAGGUGCAGCAAACCCUGCUGGAGUUGUCACUGCAACAACCCCAGGACAAGCGGGAGCUGGCCGAGGUUUUCCUCCAGCAUACAGCGUGCGUCCACCUAGCUCAAGGUGGCCCAUGAUGCCUCCUCAAGGGCCUAGGUACAGCACACCUGGUUCAGCAUUGAUCGAACAGCUUACACGUCCACCAACAUCUGUGCCACCGCAGUUUAAUAAUUCACCUAGUAUGAAUCAGACAGCAGGUAUGAAUUCACAAAUGGUCCAACAGCAACCGCAGCAAGUCCAGCAGCCCCAGACUGUCCCGCAGCAGUCCCAGUUGAGGAUGCUGGGUUGCAACCAGAAUGUCAUGGGGCAGGCCAACUUAGGCCAACCGCAGCAAAAUGUCCUUCCUCCCAGUACUCAAGCGAUAAUGGGUCAACAACAGAACGUCCCGAUCGUCAUGCCAGCCGGAGGUUUACUUCCAAAUCAAAUAACUCCAACUUCGGUAAUGCAACAACAGGCUCCUACUGUUCAGACAAUCGCUCAACCCCAGCAGCAACCUACACAAGGGUCAAGGGAGAGGAGAACAAUAUGGCAAGGUAUACUUGAGUGGAUAGACAAAAAGAUGCCAGCUGAUGCCCAAAAAGUCCCUCGACAAGUACCAGUUUCUGUAUCUGCAGCUGCUAAGGAUGGUGAACCAGAACUCAAAACAGAUGUUUGGCCUUCUAAACUAUUUAUGCAGUUAAUGCCGAGGCAGUUAAUAGGCAAUAUUGGAGGGUCUUAUCUCAAAAACUCCAAAUCUGUGCUAUUCCAUCUUCAGCCUUGUGAAGCAUUAGAAGCACUAACAAAAAUCAUGAGCACAGGAUUUGCGGGAUGCAUACAUUUCUCAGGUGCCGGUAUGGAUUUAAAAGUAAUGAUUGUUCUUUACACUACAGACAGAAGGGCUUUUCUUGGUUUUGUACCAAACGAUCAGCCAGCAUUUGUUGAUCGACUGAGAAAAAUUAUUCAGCAUCAGAAAAUGAGCAAUGCCCAUAGGCAAAUGAAUGUACAUCAGGCUGGUCAAGUUCAGCAGGCCCCUGGUCUUGUUCCACAGGGAAAUCCACAAACAUCAAUGCCCGGAAUGCUACAGCAGACUCCUUUCUCCCAGCAACAGACUCAGCCCAUAACAUCUGCUUUGGGUGGAGCAACAGUCGGACAACCCACGGGACAAAUGAUGGGGACAGUACAAGGAGAUCAGUCUCAGCAACAAGGAACUAGCCAGGCUGGGCCGUAUAAUACGCAACUUGUCGAAGCACGACAAGAAAACCUCGUCAAAAUCCAAAAGCUUAGACAAACGCUAGAGGCAGCUCAACAACAGGAACUCCAGUUCAAGAAUCAGUUUGAGAUAAUGAAUCAGAUGAAAAUGCAGCCAAUGCAAGAUACUGUUGGAAUGCAUCCUGGCCAAACCCAAGAUCAAUUUAAAGCUCAACUUGAGUUGAACCUCGGCUUACAGCAAGAGCAACAGAAGCAACUCAGAGCACAAUUACAACACAUGCAACAGCAGCAGCAGCAGCAACAACAACAACAACAACAGCAGCAGCAGCAGGUGCAGCAACAACAACAACAGCAACAGAUGAGAGGUAUGGCCCCGGUGGCUCAACAAGCACAAGGGCAGCAAAGGCUAAUGAGGCCAGCGCUUUCAAACAACCCCGGACUUAGGCAUCUAUUGCAACAGCCACAAUACAGGAUGAAUAUGCAACAGCAGAUGCCACGGGCGGGAAUGCCGACACAGCAGGGCCAACCAAACGCAGGACAGCAGCCGCAAUUCGACGAUGUCACCUCAUAUGAUUUUUUGGGCUAGGUUUUUAUCUUAUGUCGUCGUUUGUAUUUUUUAUUUUAAAAUAUCUUCCUGGAGCACAUUGUCCAACUGCCUUGGAUCAUCACCAAUGAGUUUUUAAUUAGAUAAUUUGUCGACUUACGCCAUCUCUGGCGUGUAGGUUUAGGCUGUUAAACUGUCAUCUGACAACAUACAACCUCUGUACUUUGUACAAGCUCUUUUUUCUUUUUUCAAUUUUUUGUUGUACUUUAAAUUUAAUCUAUUUAUUUAUACACUAUCAAAUGUGUAAAUUAUUAUUGAUUUAUUGAUUUUGUACAUAAUAAAGAUGGUCGUUAUACUUUUUGUA